ACAAGAAGAAAAAUUUGAAAAAACCUCAAGAAAAUGAAUCGCCAUCGUCAUAGUAGGGUUAGUUUAGUCUUAUUAGAGACAAAUCGUUUCAUUAUACACCCCCCUCUUUCUCUCUUCUCUCUCUUACAUUACCCUUUCUCAUUCUUCAACCCAAAAUCAAAAUCAAAUUUCCACCAAAUCAAAAUCAAAAUCAAUCAAAUCUCACAUUUCUCAAUUCGUAUCAUCAAAUCUCAUCAUUAUUCCCAAAAAAACCCUAAUUGUUUUUUCGUUUAUUUUUCCCUUUUUUAAAACCGAAAAAUUAAAGUUGAAUCGUUUUCAUUAAAUUUUUCGCGAUUAAUUUGGGGGGUUCUAUUUUGGUUAUCAUAUAAAAUCAUUCUAUGGCGAAAGGAACCGAUUCAGAUGAGUUUAUGGUUCUUUCUAGGGUUAGAACAGGUUUGAAACGAGAGUUUGCGUUUGCAAUGAAGGCUCAAUCUGAGAUCGAUGGUUCGUUGGGUCGAACCAGGGGUGGUAGUAAGAACCGGAAUGAGGCUCCGGUUCAGGAAACGCCGGUUGGGAAAAGGGUAAAAAAAACCGGUUUAGAUGAUGUUGUUAUGAGUGAGGAAGAGGCUAAGAGUGAUGUUGUGGAUCUUGUUAGCGAUGAAGAGGUUAGGAAUGUUGAAAGGGAAAAUGGGUUUUUGUCAAAAUCUGAUAUUGAUGUGAAGAGUGAUGUGGUUGAUGAAGAAACCCUUUUGAAGGAAGAAGAAAAAGUUGUGAUUGUGGAUGAAAUUGAAAUGGAAACUGUUUGUGAUAUCAAAGAUGAAACCCUAGAGGAUAAGGGUACCCUUUUGGAGGAAAAGGGUAAUGUUGGUGGGAAAAGGAAAAAGAGGGUGUCGUUAGAAAAACCAGUUAGGAGGUUUACAAGAUCAGCAUUGAAGGAAAAAGAUGAAGAAAUUAAGGAUAAUGCUGUUGUUGUUGAUGUCGAUAAUGUUGUUGAAAGCGAAAAUGGGGUUUCUGAGGUUUCGCCGGUUAUGGUGACUCCGACUCCGAUGAAAUUUGGCAAGUCUGGUAAGAGGUUUCCUGUCAAGCUGAAGGAUCUUCUGGCUACUGGGAUUCUGGAUGGAUUGAAAGUGAGAUAUGUGAAGGGACAAAAGGCACGUAAACCAGGAGAAAAGGAUUUACAAGGUGUGAUUAAAGAUGCUGGGAUUUUGUGCUCUUGUGGGAGUUGUAAGGGGAAUCAGGUUGUCUCGCCGUCUGUUUUUGAGUUGCAUGCUGGUAGUGCUAAUAAACGUCCUCCGGAGUAUACUUACCUUGAGAAUGGAAAACUCCUUCGGGAUGUCAUGAAUGCCUGUUCAAGUCUUCCGUUGGACACAUUGGAUAAAGUGGUCCAAAUGGUCCUGGGUGAUUUCACUAUGCAGAAUUCUAAUAUCUGUUUCAAUUGCCGAGGGUCAAUUUCUGAAUCUAACAAGGGUGAGUCAAAACUAGUAUGCAAUCCAUGCAUGGAGUUGAAAGAGACUCAAACUAGCCAACUUCAAACAGCAGCAACACGUAGUGAAAGUAUUACCCCAGUAGUUCAACCCAGAUCACUAGAAGCGGUAGUACUUCCAGAGUCAUUAAAUACUGAGACGGUGGUUCCGAAGUCAUCAAACACUGAGAUGGUGGUUCCAAACUCAUCAAACACAAAUAUGGUUCGAGAGACAUCAUCCACAAAUAUGAUUCCAAAGGCAUUGAAUAAUGGCAUGAAGCAGAGUGCAUCUGGCAAGAGUCGGGGAAAAAUAACUAGAAAGGAUCUACGGUUGCAUAAGUUGGUAUUUGAAGAAGACGUGUUAGAAGAUGGAACUGAAGUUGCUUACUAUUCUCAUGGAAAGAAACUAUUAGUCGGUUACAAAAAGGGAUAUGGAAUCUUUUGUAGCUGUUGCAGUACAGAGGUUAGCGCCUCUACGUUUGAAGCUCAUGCUGGAUGGUCAUCUCGACGCAAGCCUUACCUGCAUAUAUAUACAUCUAAUGGAGUCUCACUACAUGAGCUGUCCCUCUCUCUAUCAAAAGAUCGGAGAUUUUCUGCCAGUGAUAAUGAUGACCUUUGCAGCAUAUGUCAAGAUGGAGGGGAUCUUUUAUGUUGUGAUGGAUGCCCAAGGGCUUUUCACAUAGAUUGUGUUCCUCUGCCAUGCAUUCCCUGUGGUACUUGGUAUUGUAAAUAUUGCCAGACUAAUUUCCAGAUGGAGAGUAAUGCACAACGUAAUGCGAAUGCUCUGGCAGCUGGAAGGAUUGAAGGCAUUGAUCCUUUAGAACAGAUAAACCGACGAUGCAUUCGCAUUGUCAAAAGUGUAGCUGUCGACCAUGGGGGAUGUGCCUUGUGUGGAUGUCAUGAUUUUGUUAAAACAUUUGGUCCUCGAACAGUAAUUAUUUGUGAUCAGUGUGAGAAGGAAUAUCAUGUUGGGUGUUUGAAGGAGCACAGCAUGCAGAAUUUAAAGGAGUUGCCUGAAGGGGAUUGGUUUUGCAGCACAAGUUGCAGUCAUAUUCAUUCUUCUCUAGUGAAUUUGGUUGCUUCUGGGGAGAAUAGUCUCCCAGAUUCUAUUCUAAGUUUGAUAAAAAAGAAGCAUGACACUGGCGUUGAAGGGAAAGGUGCAGACACUGGCGUUGAAGGGAAAGGUGCUGGCAAUAUCAUUGAAGAGAAAGGUGGAGACAGUGUCGAAGAGAAAAGUAGAGACGCUGUUGAAGAGAAAGGUGCAGACACCGGCCUUGAAGAGAAAAUUGCAGACACCGACUUUGAAGAGAAAGCUGUAGACACCGGCGUUGAAGAGAAAGCUGCAGACACCGGCGUUGAAGAGAAAUGUGGAGACACUGGUGGUGUUGAGAAAGAUGUAGACACUGGUGUUGAAGUGAAAAGUGUAGAAACUGGGGUUGAAGAGAAAGGUGUAGUCACUGCUGUUGAUCCUGAAAUUAAAUGGAGGGUUUUGAACUGGAAGUUAGUUGCCUCAGGUGAAAAUAAGCAAUUGUCUGAUGAAUAUAGGCAAGUGCUUUCGAAGGCUGUUGCCAUCUUCCAUGAGAGAUUUGAUCCUAUAGUUGAUUCGUCUUCUGGCCGUGAUUUCAUUCCGACAAUGCUGUUUGGAAAGAACAUCCGCGGGCAAGAUUUUUCCGGAAUGUACUGUGCAGUGCUCACUGUCAACCAAGUUGUUGUUUCUGCUGGAGUAUUCCGUGUUUUUGGACCAGAAGUCGCAGAGCUUCCUUUGGUGGCGACAGUUUCUGAGUACCAAGGACAGGGUUACUUUCAAUGCUUGUUUUCUUGCAUUGAGAGACUACUUCAAUCUCUAAGCGUGAAAAACCUUGUCCUACCGGCUGCCGAUGAAGCUGAAUCAAUAUGGACUAACAAAUUUGGGUUUACAAAGCUAGAGCACGAUGAGAUCAACAAUUACAAGAAGUUUUAUCAUAUGAUGAUCUUUCAAGGGACCUCAGUACUACAGAGGCCUGUUCCGACACUACCAAGUACUUCUCAGGAGAUUUUGUAAAGUUUUUAGAGGCCCUCUUAUGCAAUGGCCUUUGUUUUGGGUUUGUUUUGAUGGGUUGCAGAGCACACUUGUUUAGUCUGUACAGAGUGUUCUGCCAUUUUGGUGUACAGAAAAACAGAACCACCUUUGCUGAUGAUGCAAUUUUUUUGUAGCAAAGAAAUGAUAUGGAGAUUAGAAUUAAAAAUUGAGGAAACUACUAACUGACUAGGACAUGGGAGAAGGGAUAUUGAUUUACUAUCCAAAUUUUUGUUGAUACAAAUUCACUUAUUAGCUGCCAUCGAGCGGUUUUAAUGCGAUUCUGUUUUGAAUCUGAAGAUUUCGGCAUUUGUUCUUAAGGAACAUAAUUUGUUGCACCCUUUGGUA